UCCGAAAAUCAGUCUCUUUCCGAACGCGAAACUGAAAGCGGAAAAGCGAAAAAGCGGUAGACUGAACAUGAAGUGAACGAUAAAUAGAAAGGGAACGAACGGACGCCGCCGAAUAAGAAUUCAUAAAAUUAUACAUACCGCCAGCGGGGCACGAUUUGCCAAACAUUCGGAUUGUGUGCUUGAAUUUGUUGCUUUGGCCGCCGCGUACUUUUCCGCACGGAAAGCUGGCGAGAUUUGUCUAAAAUUAGCGACCGGUGUGUUAUUGUAGGGUGUCCGUAUAGGUUGUAUAGAAGGCGGAGUAGGAGGUCCGAUCCCGAGAGUGUUUACCCCAUAAAUUGGAAUCCGCUAAGAUGCCCUCACCCGCAUCCAAUACGAUUGUGCUGAAGAGCCUCUCCGUGCUCUUAGGCCUAUUCUUCAUCUUUGUGGGCACUUUGAAGCUGACGCCGCACAUUAGCAAGGACCUUUACAAGGAUCUGCGCACAGAGUACGUGAAGUAUGCCAAAGUAUUCCCGCUGACCGCCCUCUUCGGAGUGAAGAUCCCCUCGAAAUGGUAUCGCCGCACCGUUGGCAUUCUGGAGAUCGUAUGCGGACUGGCUAUGGCACUGAUUCCCUACCACAAGGUGAAGAAUGCGGCAAAUGUGACGCUGCUGGUGCUGAUGCUGCUGGGCAUCUACCAGCACUGGAUGGUCAGCGAUCCCUUCGAGCGCUCCGGACCAGCGCUCGUGUUUACCUUCAUGUUGGGCGGCCGGUUGGUGGUUUGGUAUCAGACUGCCCGCCUACAGGACGAAGCUGCUGCGACCACCCAGCCGCCGGCGAAUGGCGUCAAACAGGAUUAAACGAAAGCUGCUUCGCUUCCUGGAAAAUCACACCAUAUUCAUAGUCAUUCACUGAUCCAGCUUUGUUUUAGCACCUUGAGUUGGGUUCGAAAGCGAACUGCGGGUCACUAAUCAUCACGAACAAAUACACCACACACCAAAUCACUACAUUCAUUCUAGCAAAUCGAAAUUCAUGUUUUUCACUUUGGUGCCAAAAAAUUUAUCGUAUAAUGAAACCUAUAAUAUAACGUAUGUAACAGCUAGAAAUAUUAGCUAAACAGUAGAGAGCCACGGCGGAAAGACAAGACCAGAGAAACAAAAACAAACAAAACGUGUAAUCAAAUCCUCUUCGUACCGGGCAACCAUCUAAAUUACGACUUUUAGAAACAAUUUUAAUAAAUUUGAAGAACUCAUACAUA